AUGUAUAAUCACAGGUCUGUCUGUUGUUUGUUUGUCUUUAUUCUCUCAGAACCUACAACUUCCCUCUCUGAUCCAUGCAAUGAUUAUAACACUCUUGAUGAAUCCUGGAGAGACAUACGGCAAAGCCAUUACCAUGAAUAUGAUGACACCCUUGUUGAAUGGAGUGGCUGGUAUCGGCUGUACUUGAAUGGAGAAAGUGCCCAGAUGUCUGAGUGGUGUGUGAGUAAUGCUGGAUGUGGCGGUCAAACUGCUCUGCAUCUCAACAGUUCUCAUCCAACACUUGAGGAUGGAGUGGUGACCCGUGGAGUCCUGGGAACUCAUUCAAGAUGGCUGUGGGGGUAUUCCUUAGAGUGUGGCGACUACAGUUCCUCAUCCAUCCGAGUCAAAGCCUGUCCAGGAGAUUAUUACGUCUAUGAAUUUGUCAAACCCAUCGUAUCAGCUCCAGGGCCGAUGUACUGUGCAGUUGCUUUCCAAAGCAUCAGCAGUGAUCCCUGCUACAACUAUGAGUCUCUGGAUCGUCCCUGGAGAGCCAACAAUGAAAGUGGAGAUAACAUUUGUGAUGACUCUUUCUCCUGGAAUGGCUGGUACCGGCUUUUCUACUAUGGAAUGGACAUCCGGAUGUCAGAGACCUGUGUUAGUUCAUUCACCUGUAAUACAAACAUAAAUCUGUGGCUCAAUGAUCCUCACCCUCAGAUAGAGGAUGGAGUGGUGAUCAGGGAGGUCUGUGGUAGUUAUCAUUGGGGAAGCUGCUGUAAUUACAAGACAAGACCCAUUAGAGUGAAAGCGUGUCCAGGCAAUUACUAUGUCUAUGAACUUGUGAAUCCACAAUUUGGGUGUUCAGGAUACUGUACAGAUGUCAGCACUAUUUCACAGGUGGUUUCCACUGUGAGUCCAGAUAUAAUCACUGGAUCCAACAUCACCUUGAACUCUUGCAAUAACUACAACAUACUCGACAACUACUGGAGAAGCACACCCAUUUACUGGUAUAAAAAUGGAGAUGUAAAUAGACAUGAUGACACUCGUGUAGAAUGGGAUGGCUGGUAUCGACUCUUCAUUAAUGGAUCGAGUGCUCAGAUGCCUGAGUGGUGUUUUAAUUACAUGUCAUGUGGAGGUUUUAGUUCUCUGUAUGUUGGUGGCUCUCAUCCUCGGCUAGAAGAUGGAGUUGUUACUCGUGAAAUUUAUGGCUCUUAUCAUGAUCAGUGCAGUCGCUACAGAUCCGACCCAAUUCAAGUCAAAGCUUGUCCUGGAAAUUAUUAUGUCUACAAAUUUACCAGACCAACUCUUUCAAUCCCAGCUCCUGUAUAUUGUGCAGUAUCUUUCACCACCCCAAGUGUCGACCCCUGCUACAAAUAUACCAGUCUGGAUCAGCCUUGGAGAGCCACUGACCAUCAUAACUUAGGCAUGUGUGAUUAUAAUGUGGAGUGGAAUGGCUGGUACAGGCUGUUCUACAAUGGACAAAAAGCUCAGAUGCCAGAAUCAUGUGUAAAUCAGUACACGUGUGGCACUGGUUCCCCACUGUGGCUCAACGGCUCGCACCCACAGCUGGAAGAUGGAGUGGUCACCCGUCAGGUCUGUGUCUCCUCAUGGAACGGCUGCUGUACUUACAAAUCCCACCCUAUAAGAGUCAAAGCCUGUCCAGGAAAUUACUAUGUUUAUGAGUUUGUCAAGCCAAUAUUUUGCGGAGCUUACUGUUUAG